CUGCACCGCUCUCGCUCCCUCCGGCUCGCCGCGCCCUCGCUCCCUCUCCUCGCCCCCUCGCUCGCUCUCUCCCCAGAUCGAGGCUGCUCCCGUCCUUUCUCCCCCGCGCCUCCCUCUCGCGCCGCGCCCCCCGGCCCCCAGCCCCAGCCCGCGGCGGGACCUCUGGGGUCGAAGGUUCUGGCCCGCCCGCGCCCCUCGCCGCCCCCGCGCGCCUCCCGCCGGCUCCUGCUGCUCCGCGAUGGAUCGCCUGCUCGCCGGGCGCUGAAGGCAUCCCCGGGACCCGGAGCGCAGCCCGGGAAAGAAACACACAGCAGUAUUGAUGAGUAGACCCUUGGGUUCAGAGAUUGGGCUGAAACGCACCAUGCCUGCUUCCAUCCUUUGCUCCGGAAAGUUGUGAAUUGCUCAUGCCUAUAGGGAGGAAGGAUGGCACAUGGGAUUCCUUCUCAAGGCAAGGUUACCAUAACGGUGGAUGAGUACAGCUCCAACCCCACCCAGGCAUUCACGCACUACAACAUCAACCAGAGCAGAUUCCAGCCGCCACAUGUACAUAUGGUCGACCCCAUCCCAUAUGACACUCCAAAACCAGCGGGCCACACGCGGUUUGUCUGCAUCUCAGACACACACUCCAGAACAGAUGGUAUCCAGAUGCCUUAUGGGGACAUCCUUCUCCACACAGGCGAUUUCACCGAGCUGGGACUGCCCUCAGAGGUUAAGAAGUUUAAUGACUGGUUAGGAAACCUGCCAUAUGAAUAUAAAAUAGUGAUUGCUGGGAAUCAUGAACUGACAUUUGAUAAGGAAUUCAUGGCAGACCUUGUUAAACAGGACUACUACCGUUUCCCCUCUGUGUCCAAAUUGAAACCAGAGGACUUUGACAACGUUCAGUCCCUCCUGACAAACAGUAUUUACUUACAAGACUCGGAGGUAACAGUGAAGGGAUUCAGGAUAUAUGGUGCACCUUGGACCCCGUGGUUUAAUGGUUGGGGCUUUAACCUGCCCAGAGGUCAGUCUCUGCUGGACAAGUGGAACCUUAUCCCCGAGGGCAUCGACAUACUCAUGACACACGGACCUCCUCUCGGUUUUCGAGACUGGGUUCCAAAGGAGCUUCAGAGAGUGGGCUGCGUGGAGCUUUUAAACACAGUCCAGAGGCGAGUCCGGCCCAAACUCCAUGUGUUUGGUGGAAUCCAUGAAGGUUACGGCAUUAUGACCGACGGUUACACAACGUACAUCAAUGCCUCAACGUGUACAGUCAGCUUUCAACCUACCAACCCUCCAAUUAUAUUUGACCUUCCAAACCCACAGGGUUCCUGAACCUCCAAAUGCCCAAUUGGAAUGUGAGGGAAGGUCUAAAAACUGCCAUUUUUCUAAUUAUAAACUUAGAUUCUCUUCCUUAUUUCCAGAUCAUGUGAGUUCUUUUUGUAAAUUGCUGGAACACAAA